AUGUCAGUGCCUAAGUUUACCAUAAGAGACUGGGAUUGGUGGCUGCAAUCUCUACCAAAUGCAACUCGGAAGAUUAGAAAUAAUCGGUAUGAAAAAACGAUCUAUUCGGAUGCUUCCUUAUCUGGAUGGGGUGCUUUCUGCAAUGGUGAAGAUGCCAAUGGAUUGUGGGACCAACAGGAAAGGAGUCUUCAUAUAAAUCAUUUGGAGCUUAAGGCGGCUUUGCUAGCCUUGAAAUGUUUUGCAGCUGAUUUAAGAGAUCUAGACAUUUUACUCAUGGUGGACAACACUACAACGUUGGCCUACAUCAAUAAAAUGGGAGGCGUUCGGUUCUCUGGUCUUCAUGAGUUAGCAUGUGAGCUGUGGGAUUGGUGCGAGGUCCGUCGGUUAUGGGUCUACGCUACUUAUAUUCCUUCAGAGGAGAAUGUCGAAGCUGAUCGUUCUUCGCGAAUCGAUAACUCGGAUGCUGAGUGGGAAUUAGCGGAUUAUGCUUUUGAAGUAAUUACGGAGAAUUUCGGGAAACUAGAAAUCGAUUUAUUUGCUUCGCGAAUCAACACCAAGUGCGCAGUCUAUUGCUCGUGGAAAAGAGACCCAGGGGCAUUUGCCUUCGAUGCCUUCACAAUCAGCUGGACUGAUUGGAUGUUUUUCGCUUUUCCUCCUUUCUCUAUAAUAACCCGAGUAAUUAAAAAAAUUAAAGAUGAUAAGGCAGAAGGGGUACUAGUGGUACCUCACUGGCCUACUCAGAUCCCGCCAACAUCCUCUAGCGAAGAAACUUAUCCUGGUUGCCGCCAAGUUAUCUGCCAAGCAUUAUUGAUAAAGGGUACACCUAGAGAAGCAAUUGAUAUUUCAAUCGCUUCUUUAACAGAGUCAACAUUAAAAAAUUAUAAUGGGACUCUAAAACUUUGGUGGCGAUGGAAUGGACAGAAUGAUGAGGAUCCGUAUGUUGUGUCAGUGGCAAAGAUUUUGAAGUUUCUUUCGGAAAGAUUUGAUGAUGGUGUUGGAUAUAGUACGCUUAACUCUGCGAGAGCAGCACUGUCAUUAAUAUCAGCGGAGGAUGUCACAAAUAAUCAACUGAUAAGUCGAUUCAUUAAAGGAUCUUCAAAGAUAAGGCCCAGCUUACCCAAAUAUGAGUCCACGUGGGAUGUGGAUCCAGUUUUAGAUAAGUUGGCAACGUGGUUUCCAUUAGAGGAGUUAUCUUUAGAGAAACUAACGAAAAAAUUAGUGUUGUUAUUAGCCUUGGGUACCGCCCAUCGCUCUCAAACGUUUUCGUUAAUUAAAAUUUCUAACAUCAUUGCUUCAGAAAGAAAAAUUGAAGUACGUAUUUCUGAUAGAAUUAAAACUUCUCGGCCGGGGGCUCCGCAACCAGUAUUGAAGAUCCCUUUUUUCCGUGAUAAACCUGAGCUGUGUAUUGCACAUACUUUAAACCAGUACCUAGUGAUGACAAAAACCCUGCGAGGAAACAUUGACUCAUUAUUUGUUUCUUUUAACAAGCCCCAUAAGGCAGUAAAAAGUGAAACAAUCAGUCGUUGGAUCAGAUCGACGUUGGUCACUUUAGGAGUGGAUAAGAGAUACACUGCGCAUUCUACGCGGCAUGCCUCGACAUCGAAAGCAUGUGCAAGAGGUGUGAGCAUUGCGGAAAUUAAAAAAGUGGCUGGUUGGUCUCCAAACUCAAGAGUUUUCGCUGAUUUUUAUCAUCAGCCAAUAACUAUUGAAAAUAAUUCAUUCACAGAGUCUGUUUUAUCACCCAGUCUACUAAGUUAG